CCGUGGGCGUGGGAGGGCGGCGGUGGCGGCCCCGCAGCCGGGCCGGGCCGGGCCGGUGUGGCCCCGCAGCCAUCCCGGGCGAGGAGCGGCGGGCGGGAUCGAGAUGGAAAAGAAGAGUUCAUGGUUUCUGGUUUGUGUAGUAGCAGAGAGUGAGUAGGCAUAAAGGAGACUAGUAUUUGAAUGAGAAGUGACAAGCCCCUUGCAAGGUUUUUUACUAUAAAAAAGAAGAAAUGAAUCCUACGAAUGAUGAUACAGUGCUUGGGACCAUAUUUGAUUGGGACUAUCUCUUAUGGGAAGUUCGUUUGACACUUCUAGCUACUGGAUUUUUAAUCUACCUUGGAGUUUUUCUUCUGUCUCACUGCCUGUCUUCAUGGAUAAGUACUACUUACUGUGCCUUGUAUGCAAAGGAGAAGGUGUUUUGGAAUAUGGCAGUCACACGUGGUGUAUUUGGACUUCAAAGCUGUGUUGCUGGUUUAUGGGCUUUGCUCAUAGAUCCUGUUUUUCAUGCUGACAAAGUAUAUUCACAGCAAAAAUGGAGCUGGUUUAACUGUUUAAUAGCUGCUGGUUUUUUCUUGCUUGAAAAUGUGGCUGUUCACUUGUCCAAUGUUGUUUUUAGAACAUUUGAUGUGUUCUUAGUAGUUCAUCACUCCCUUGCUUUUGGUGGCUUGGCUGGUCUAGUAAUUAAUGUAAAAUCUGGACACUAUCUACCUUUGAUGGGAAUGUUGCUGGAGAUGAGUACUCCUUCAACCUGCAUUUCCUGGAUGCUUUUAAAGGCUGGCUGCGCUAAUACCUUCUUCUGGAAGGCAAACCAGUGGGUAAUGAUCCACCUGUUUCACUGCCGCAUGAUUCUUACAUAUCACAUGUGGUGGGUGUGUAUUGCCAACUGGAAUUAUGUGAUGGAAAAUCUGGGACUUCUUCAUUUUAUUGUUUUAUUUUCGGGAUUAUUUGCAGUCACGCUAAUACUUAACCCAUACUGGACAUACAAAAAAACUCAGCAGCUUCUCAGCCCAACUGACUGGAACUUUGAAAGUAAAGCAGUGAAAAAUGGAAAAUUAAAUGGUGAUACAUAUCAAAAGAAGAAGAUAUAAUGCUGAAAUGGCUGUCCCCUAAGAUAAUAGUAAAAUGCAGUAGAAGAAUACAAAGCAAAGUAAUCUUUGCCCAUGAAAUAGAAGCACUUGCAGGGAGCUCAUUAACACAAUGAUUCCUUGCUGUUAGUAUUCUAUGCAUAAGAAGUAUUUAAAAGCAUUGUCUGUAUUUAAUGUAUACAUACAUAUGUGAUCUUUAACGUCUUAGUUAAGGAUUAUGCCAAAAGUUUUUUGAGGUUAGACAGUACUUCAUGAUUUAGCAUUGACAGGCUCUCUAAUGGUAUCUUUUGUCUUAACACUUCCAUGUGACUUAAUUUGUCUGUUAAGCUUAACUUGCAUGAAGUUUAGCAUGAAUCUCGUUUCACGUGUUUUGGAGAUACUGAAAAUUUUGUUAGGAAGCUUAUUAAAAUCAAUUAUGACCCAACUUAGGUAUGCAUAGGUACUGAAUUCCUGUAUGCCAUUAAAUCAUUCUGAACGGUUGAACUGGUCAUGUUGCAGAAUGCAGUUGUAGCUAGGCUUUUGCUGGUGUUUUUUAUGUUUAUGUUACACUUGGGAAAAAGGAAGAUAAUCAUUAGAGCAUUUGCUGUCAGGAUGAGAUAAAGUUUCUAAGUUGCCCUCAGUUUGGGAGGAAUUUGUAUCCACCACAAAAAUACGUGUGGUAAGGAGUAAGGAUGCAUAUCUUUAUUAUGCUGGUGGGCUAGCUAGAUGAUCAUAAUGGUUCUUUCUGGACUGAAAAUCUGUGAGAUCUAGGAGUUAACGAUAAAACUGUUGGCGCUGUUUCAUCCUUGAAGGGCUUGCUGAUUGAUGGGUAAAAUUAUCUAUAUUGUUGUUCCCAGAUGAACAGUUCAUUCCAUUCAUGCCCCUUUUAUGAUUCUUCUCUAGUUUUGGAAAUCCUCUGUUAACAGAGGUUUUUAGAAUCUGAGGUGACUUCUCUUUAGAGGAAAACUCAUGUAAUGUCAUUUGGAAGUUCAGUUCUUUUAAUUUUUAUUUCACUUUGGGAACAUAUAAAAUGAGGCUAACAAUCCUUUGCACUUUAUCUACCACAACAAUAAAUUUUUCCUUGACCUAGAGAACAGAGUUCUUUAGAUAAGGGCUUGACAAAUUGUGAUGGAUAUUGUCCCACAAACAGUAUUAUUCUAGUCAUUCCUGGGUGAAGUUUUGUGUAGGCGAUCAAGAUAUAAAGAUCAUGAUGGGAAAGAGUGACACCUGGUGGCAAGAGAGUGACAUAAAUAUAUUGCUUAUGAUGCACUAAACUAGUGAUAUAAAAAGCCCAUCAUCUGAAACUUUUUAUACAAUUUGACGUGAUUGCUACAUAGUUAAUAAAUUUCCAAUGUAAUAAGCUUGAGCAAGCCCUGUGAAUAAUUUUAGGUCAAGACAUAUUAACUAGAGGCUUUGUGCAUUGAUCUGUGGUGGGACAUACUAUUUUAAAUGUGGGGGAAACACUGCAUUUGCUGUAAAUAAGCUCAUUUUAUUUAUUUUGGUUGACACUGUCAUUGGUUUUUUUUUGUUGUUGUUCAGAAUGAGCAUGUGAAAACAGUGGUCACAUUACUGUGUUCCCUAAUUCACUUUGCUUGAGCAUAGAGUUGAAGAGCUGCCCUAUAAGGGAGAAGAAAAAUCUUUUACUAUUAGGUCACAAAUUUAUAUCCAAAUCAUGUUGAGAGUGACAAAGUGAUAAAUAUCUGAAAUCUGGUCAUUCAGAGCUAGACUGAGCAGAUUAUAGUAAUUUUAAAUAGUCGCGCUUUCUAAUACUCUGCUGACAUUCGGUACAGAACAUUUGAUUUUGUGCAGCCUUUUUAUUUCUGGAGCAGGAAGGUGACGCCGUUUUGGCAUUAUGGCCUGUGUGGCUGCCAUUCUGUAGAAAAAAGAAUCUCCAAAGCUGGGAAUCAGGUACCUCUCCUGAGGAGUUGUGUGUGAGGGAAUAAUACCAAAAGUGCUUUAGAAUAAAGCAGAGGAUGAAUUCUUGAGAAACAGUACCCAAAUAUGUCAUCCACGUACAUAUCUUAGAGAAUCCAAACCUCAUUUCUAGGAAUUCCAGAGGGGAAAUGAGAAGGAUAAGCCACCAGGUAUCAAGAUGGUGAUAAACUCUAUGCAGUUUAGCAUUUAAAGGUUUGGAUUCCAUGAAACAAGGUGGUAAUAAUAGAAAUUCCAGCUGGAGCAUUGCAAAGAAUCCUAACAGAAAAUGGAAACAUCAGAAGAAAUAAGUUUGGACCAAAUAUGGAUUUUUUUAUGGUCACUGCCUAAAGGAGAUGGUGUUUGCAUGUUCUAAAUUAAAAUAGUUGAUAGGUUUGGGGUUAGUAAAUUUGAUACUGAAAAAAGAUUGUGUGGUCUGAGCAGACAGAUGGUUAGUUAUCUCAAUGACAGCAGACUUAUAAGAUUUAUUUUCUUGCAUUAUUAAUUUAUGUCUAAUGUUCUAAAGUGAAUAUAAAAUUUACAUUAAAAGUAUUUUUGAUCAGAACACUUUUUUUAGUAUCUAUCUUAGUGUGAGUUGCUUCAGGUAAAGAUCAUUAAAGUACAUCUAUAAAAACUUUUACAUGUCUUAGUAUUUAAUGAGUGAUAGCUAACAGCACCUGUUUAUCCCAAGCAGCACUAGAACAAGAGAACUACACAAUAAAACAAAUAAUAUCAUUUAUUUUCUACUUAUGUUAGUUUAGGCAGAGGAUUUUACAGUCCAGCUAGAAAUACAACAGGACAUAGAAAUGCAGGCAACCUUUCUUCUUCAUCUUGAUGGUCUGGGUUUGGAGUUAUCAAUUCUAUUACUCUAAACCUGUGUUUUCUACUCAAGUUCUUGUUCACUGUCUUUUUGCUGUUUCUUUCAGAAGUUUGCCUCAUUUAUGAUUGUGGAUGAUUCUGUCUCGUUGCUCUUAAACAAAACUGAAAAGCUCUUUGAGGGUGUUGGUGUCUAAUUACUCUUAGAGCUGACUGCUACACUUCAACCCAACUUAGAGUAGACAUAAUUUGUUUAUAAAUUUUGAUAACAUGAAAAUAAUCUCAGUCUUGCUGGGCUUCUAUUAUAAGAGUUCAUUCACAACCUAAGGGAGAAAAAUUAAUCAUCAACUUCCGUGACAGGUGGAUCAGGUCACAGCAUGUUCUGCUGCCAUGUUUUGGACAACUUCAUCAUAUGUUUUUGGAUUCAUUUUUUGAUUACCUAGGUGACUCUUAGAGAUUUCAUCACACUUUCUUGCUAAACAGGCUUAUUUAAACGCUGCUUGCAUCACUUUUCUUGCUGAUGCUUUAUAUACUUUUUUUUUUUAACUAACCUAAAAUACCCUAACCAGGCAUCUGGUUCUAAUUGUUUUCAUACAGCAUUCCUAAAUCGUGAUGUUUGUAUUUGCCCCCGGUUGUGUCCAAUGUCUUCUGUUUUGUUUUUCUUUCAUUUUUCCCCCCAAACUCACCCCCCCCCUUUUUUUUAAUUUCCUUUUAUGGUGCUGGUCGUGAUCUUGUAGCAGUCAUAUUAAUGCAAUGCUACCUCUGUCUAACAGAUCCCUGCACAUACUCUUGAGCCCUUCUUCUGUGAAAUAUCUGUGUCCAAAUCUUUCAGGCUUUUUUCCUGAUAACACUAUUAAAAUACUAGGCUUCAUGUACAGUUGUAACAGAUACGUCUUAAUCUCAGGAAGAGUCCCAGUUGAAGGGAAGUUAUAAACAAUAAUUAACUAAUGUAUUCAAUUCUGUUCCUUUUACAAUAUAAUAUUUGUUAAAUGGAUCUUUACACUGUGUGCAUAAAUAAAUGUAUUUUAUUGA